AUGUUGACAUACAAUUUCUUGGCGCUUGCACUGUUGGCGCCAGGCGCCAUCUCAUCAGCACUGCCCCAUGUACGCCGCCAAUCUGACUUGAGUAGCUACAUCCAAUCUGAAGGGUCUAUCGCCCAGCAAGGUGUUCUUAGCAACAUUGGUGCCAACGGGUCGAAGGUUGCGGGCGCCUCAUCGGGGAUUGUGGUGGCAUCGCCUUCCAAAGUGAACCCGAAUUACUUUUACACCUGGACCCGGGAUGCAGCACUGACCUUGAAGGUCCUCAUCGACAGGUUUAUCGCAGGAGACAGCUCUUUGGAAUCUACCAUCCAGCAGUACAUCUCGGCUCAAGCCCAAUUGCAGACUGUCUCCAAUCCAUCGGGUGAUCUGUCCGAUGGUGCAGGACUUGGCGAACCUAAGUUUGAAGUCAACAUUACGGCAUUCACUGGGAACUGGGGUCGCCCCCAGCGCGAUGGACCAGCUCUGCGAGCGACUGCUCUUAUUGCGUAUGGUAACCACCUCAUCUCGGCUGGGAAAGAGUCCGUCGUCACGUCGAACAUCUGGCCCAUCGUGCAGAACGAUCUGAAUUACGUCGCACAGUACUGGAAUCAAACCGGAUUUGAUCUUUGGGAGGAAAUCGAAGGCUCUUCCUUCUUCACGGUCGCUGCCCAGCACCGCGCAUUGGUGGAAGGCAGUGCAUUUGCCCAGUCUCUGGGUCAAUCAUGCACCGGAUGUGACUCCCAAGCCCCUCAGGUUCUCUGCCACCUGCAAGAUUUCUGGAACGGCACCUCGGUGAUCGCGAACCUGGCAAACGACGGACGUUCGGGUCUGGAUGCGAACUCGGUAAUCAGUUCUAUUCAAGCGUUCGACCCUGAAGCCGCAUGCGACGACACGACUUUCCAGCCUUGUUCCGCGCGCGCCUUGUCAAACCAUAAAUUGGUCGUUGACUCUUUCCGAUCAAUCUAUACCAUCAACAGCGGUAAAUCUGCCGGAAGUGCGGUCGCCGUUGGACGCUACCCGGAGGACACUUACCAGGGCGGCAAUCCUUGGUAUUUAGCCACUCUGGCCGCAGCUGAGCAACUAUAUGAUGCUCUCUACCAGUGGAACAAGCAAGGAUCCUUGGUUGUCACCCAGACCAGCCUGCCCUUCUUCCAGGCUCUCGUCUCUUCUGCUGCCACUGGAAAUUAUUCCAGCUCUUCGUCUACUUACUCUUCCCUCACGGGGGCUGUACAGACAUACGCAGAUGGAUUUUUCUCCAUCGUACAGGAGUACACGCCUAGCAAUGGAUCUUUGGCUGAACAGUUCACCCGAGACAAUGGCACCCCGACCUCUGCUGGAGAUCUGACUUGGUCCUAUGCUGCGUUCCUAACUGCUGAAGAUCGUCGCGCUGGCACUGUGCCGAGUUCCUGGGGCGCCUCUAGUGCGAAUCAGGUUCCUUCGCAAUGCCAAGGAAGCUCCGUGACUGGAAGUUACACGACACCUUCCGUUGGUACAUGGUAA